AUGAUGAACGAGGCGAUCGAGGAGGAUCUGGCGUACGAAGAUUUGCGGAAUGAUGAAGUUGACCUGAUCGACAUCAGCGCAGGUGAUGUGGAAGGAGAGGACGAGGAGGAGGAGGAAGAGGAGGAAGAAAACUCGAGCUACAACAGCAGCGACAAGACGAUUCCCCUGGCAGAUUUAGAGCUAAUCAAAUUUAAGGAGCAAAAUAUUUCCUACUACAAAAGGUUUUACGCCAACAAGAGCAUUUACUGCGUGAAUUCGUUUAAGAAGUGGAUCUACUUCGGCAGCAUCAACAACAACUGCUAUUUGUACAACAAUUUCGACGACGACCUGCGGAACUUCGCCCACGAGGGGGGGAGCGGCGUUACGGGGGUUGGCGGGGGUAGCGGCGUUACGGGGGUUGGCGGGGGUAGCGGCGUCACGGGGGUUGGCGGGGGUAGCGGCGUCACGGGGGUUGGCGGGGGUAGCGGCGUUACGGGGGUUGGCGGGGCUAGCGCGAAGGUGAGCCUGCAGCAGCUGAAGCACCAGAAGUACACGGACACCGUGACGAACAUAAAGUUCUCCAAGAGCUACAAGUACAUCGCCCUCUGCAUCUACAACGGGGACAUCUACAUCUACAACAAUAAUAAUAUGAACAAGUCAGAAAUUCUAAACUACAAUAUCACCAACUUUAAGCAAAACAUUAACAACAGCAAUUCAUUGCUCCAUAUUUACAACUGGAAUGUAGGUAUGGGUCAUUUUAAGAAAGAGGAGGAGGAGUGGAUUUCGGAAGACAUGAAUUUUGUAAACAUCUUAACGAUCAAUGAUACCAAUGAAAAGAAGGACAUCGAGUACUUUAUGUUUUGUCCUUUUAAUGAGGAGAUUCUUCUGAGCAUUUACCUGGACUCUCCCAACAUUUACAUUUGGAACAUCCAUCAGAACACCCCUAUUAGUAUUACCUACACAGUGGACAUCCCCACCUUCAUCAACAUUUGCAAUUAUGAUAGCAGCUUUUACCUCAUUGCUGGGUUCCACAGUGGGGAGACACACGUGUAUGACUACAAUGUAUACAGUUUGAAGAGGCGCAACGCGGGUAGGAAGCAUGACGCGAGGGUUAAGGGGGAGAGCGCCGGUGUGGAGGCUUCCAGGCAGCAGCAUCCUUCUGCGCUGGGCAGCUACAGCAUUAAGGUCACCCCGGAGGGGUGCAACGGGGGGGGUGCGCAGCAUCAGCGGGGGCAACAGCUUCCAGCGAAUCAACCACUUCCUGCGCUCCCUGCGCUCCAUGCGCUCCAGGGACUUCCCCCCCAGAUGAUCCCCCACGAAGAGCUGGACAACAGCAACGACGUGCUCUGCAUCGACAACAACCUGGCGAACGAAAUCUACGUGGCGACGCACCGAAACGUCAUCCAAAUUUGCAGCGUGAACACCAACAGCGUCAUCAGCACGUAUCACAACCUGCACAGCGACCUGGUGGACUACUGUCUCUUCAACAAUAAGCGCAACAACAUCUUCGCCUCCUCCUCCCUCGACAACAGCAUCAUUGUGUAUGACUACCAGUGCAAGAAGUAUAUUAACAAGUUCCUAGUAAAUUACGAAUUUAAUAAAGUAGACACGAAUAGCCAAAUGGAAAAGGGAAUCAACUUCCUCAAGUGGAUCAACACCAACCUGCUGCUCUUCUCAAGUCUCAAUGGAAACAUCUACAUCUACGACAUUCGCUCCAGGCAGUGCAUCCACCAGUUCUACAGCCACACGGACACCAUCUUCAACGUGCACCUCUCCCUCCACCUGUACGACCAGAAGAACAUCCUCUCCAUCCUCACCGCCAGCGACGACCGCUCCUCGAACAUGCACUUCCUCGACAUCUCCGCGUUUAUCUAG